UGGAAAGGAGAACAAAACUGUGCUGAGCUGUCAUGUCCUUCGGUUCCCCUGUGGUAUUGGUUAUGAUGUAAUGUGUACUUGUACAGCUAACAUAUGUGCGAGGGGACAGGUUCAUGUACUUUCUUUGCAGAGACCAAAGAAGACCAGAGGGACUUGGCCAAUUGCUGAUAUGGAACCAGUGCCAUCAGUAGGCAAAUUGGUGCACAUAACUGUGACAGAUGGAUAUGAUUUGAGAGGUGUUAAAGGAGAUACUCCAGUUACUUUUGUUCGUGCAGAAUUCAAUCAGGUGGUUCUGGGAGACUCUGCAAAAAUUACUGUUUCUCCAGAAGGAACUGCAAAGUACAACUUCAAUAGCAGUUUUGAGUUCAAUCUUGAAGGCGGAAUCAGUUUCAAUGACAUCGCUCACAAACCUGUAUUCUUAACUGUGACAGAAGUUUUACCAAAGGAAAAGAAACAGAAAGAUGAGAAGACAUUAGUUCUUGGUCAAGCUGUGGUGGAUCUUCUUCCUUUAUUGGAAGGAGAAAGUUCAUUUGAAACCACUGUUCCAUUGCAUCCUGUGCAGGGCUCACCCUUAGAAAGUCCUCGACCAGGCUUUAAGCAAUGCACGCUUGAAGUUAAGGUAUUUGUGGCAGAGCCCCUACUGACCGCAGCCCAGGUCUUAGAGAGCAAUCUACUGAAGGUCACAUUGGAGGCUGCCUACUCUAUACCUGACUCAUUCAUUCCUGUAGGGCCUCAACAGAACUACAUGGUUGGUCUGCAAGUUCCAUCAGUUGGAGAGAAGGAUUAUAUAAUUUUAUUCAAGAAUGGAAAUCUGAAGCUUGGAGGGGAAAGAGAACCUGUUCCUCGGCCCAAAAAGUGGCCUAUUGCCAACAUUCUGGCUCCAGGAGCUAAUAACAUUCCUGAUGCAUUCAUUGUUGGUGGUCCCUAUGAAGAAGAAGAAGGAGAACUCAACCAUUCUGAGGACAGGGAAUUUAGGAAUCAAGCAGAGUGCAUAAAGAAAAGGAUUAUUUGGGACUUGGAAAGUCGCUGCUACCUUGAUCCUUCUGCAGUUGUCAGUUUUCAGAAGCGAAUUGCUGAUUGCCGGUUUUGGCCUGUAGAGAUCACAAGAGUUCCUCUGAUUGCUGCACCCAAAGGGAAGGCUGGCAAACUUGAUAAGACCGAAGAUGAAAGUCAACUCUCAUUUCAUGGUGUGGCCUAUGUUAAUAUGGUGCCAUUGCUGUAUCCAGGUGUGAAGAGGAUUCGGGGAGCUUUUCAUGUUUACCCUUACCUAGACAGCACAGUCUUUGAAAAGACCAAAUGUUUAUACAGCGUAUUCCGGGACACUGGUCAUCAUUUGAUUCAUAAUAAUAAAAUAGGAGGAAUUAAUUCUCCACUGUCCAAACCUGUUUCUAAGACUCUGAAAGAAGAUAAAACAGUGAAGGAAAAGGAACUUGAUGGAAAGCUUCGGCCUGGGGAUGUGCAAGCACCUAGUAUAAGAUCUCAGAGCUCAGAUACUCCUUUGGAAGGUGAAACGCCUCUUACCCACAAUCCAGAAGGACAGCAAUAUUUAGAAGCAGGAACAUACAUUGUGUUGGAGAUUCAGCUGGACAAAGCCUUGGUUCCAAAGCGAAUGCCAGAGGAACUAGCCAGAAGGGUCAAAGAAAUGACUCCUCCAAGGCCCCCUCUCACCCGUCGGACAGGAGGAGCUCAGAAGGCGGUGAGUGACUACCACAUGCAGAUCAAGAACAUCUCUAGAGCCAUUCUGGAUGAGUACCACAAAAUGUUUGGAAAACAGAUGGCUAAACUGGGGAAUGAUAUAGAUACUGAAGCCCUGGAGGAGCAGAAGUGCCAGCUCAGCUACGAGCUUAAUUGCUCUGGAAAGUACUUUGCUUUCAAAGAGCAACUCAAGCAUGCCGCGGUAAAGAUUGUACGAGAGAAAUACUUGAAGACAGUGUCAUUUGAAAACCAGGAGGAACUGCAGACAUUUAUCAGUGAGCUUUAUGUGUUCUUGGUGGAUCAAAUGCAUGUGGCCUUAAACCAGACCAUGCCAGAUGACGUCCAAGAGACUGUCUCAACCAUUCCCACGAGCAGUGAACAGCUCCGACUCUUUGCAUUUGAAGCAGAAGUCAACGAGGACUUUGAAAUGGCAGCAGUGUAUUAUGAAGAGAGGUUGGUCCGGGAGCCCCAGAACCUGGAUUACUGGCUGGAUUAUGGUGCCUUCUGCCUUCUAAUUGAAGACAACAUGAAAGCACAAGAGUGUUUUCGGAAAGCCCUUUCCCUGAAUGAGAGUCAUAUCCACAGCUUGCUGCUGUGUGGUGUCCUGGCUGUCUUAAUGGAGAACUAUGAGCAAGCAGAAAUUUUCUUUGAGGAUGCCACUUGCUUGGAACCAACAAAUGUUGUAGCCUGGACUUUACUUGGUUUGUACUAUGAAAUUCAAAACAAUGAUAUUCGAAUGGAAAUGGCAUUUCAUGAGGCCUUCAAACAGCUUCAGGCACAAAUGCUGCAAGCCCCAGUAGCAAAGGAAAAGAGUACUGGAGGGUACAUGGAAGAAGGAAGGAAAAUGGAAUCCAGUUUAGGCCCUUGGGGAACCACAAAUGAUUUUUCCACAAUAGCAAUCAAGGCAGAAGCCCCAGCAGGACCAGGAGCUGCGUUAUCCAUUCUAGAUGAAUUUCUUGAAGACUCUUCUAAGCUGCAGUCUGAAUCACGAGAGCCCCUAAUAGUUACACAAUCUCAGGAUCCAGUUACUGGCCAAAGAACAUCUAACAUAUUUUUAAAGGAGAUACAGGAAAAAAAAGAAACAUCAAAAUGUCAAGAUUCACCAGCUUUUCCGCCUCCUACCCCUUAUCAUGGUGCUUCCCAAAUUUCUACCACAAUCUUCAUGGAGACCAUACGCUUCUUGAUGAAAGUCAAUGCUGUGCAGUAUGUGCACAGAGUGCUUGCACAUGAGCUGUUAUGCCCUCAAGGAGGCCCCAGCUGUGAGUAUUUCUUGGUGCUGGCCCAGACACACCUUCUCAAGAAAGAUUUUGUCAAGACAGAGGAAUACAUUCAACAAGCAGCCCAGAUGGACUAUCUGAAUCCCAAUGUCUGGGGAGUGAAGGGCCAUCUCUAUUUUCUGAGUGGGAAUCAUGCUAAGGCCAAAGCGUGCUAUGAGCGAACCAUUAGUUUUGUAGUGGAUGCUUCUGAGAUGCACUUCAUCUUCCUGAGACUGGGGCUCAUCUAUCUGGAAGAGAAAGAGCUGGAAGAACUCAUGGAAGCUGAGGAUGCGCUCUCUGAAGCCAAUGCCCUGAACAACUACAACGCUGGUUGGGCAUAUCUGGCUCUGGUCUGCCUGAAAGCUGGGCGGCAACUGGAAGCUGAGCAGGCCUACAAGUACACAAUAAAGCUGAAACUGAAAGAUGAGGCUCUGCUUGAAGAAAUCCACACUGUACAGGAAAUGGUUGGCUUUGGAGAUCCAUCUUUCUGAGGUCCUUGCAAGUGAAGAAUUUUCACUAUGGGGCUCUGAGCUCCUUUCCUUACCAGAGUUUCAUCAUAUGAAGCCUGGAGCUGGAGAACCAAGGAAUGUUCACCACAAACACAGAAACCUAUUCAUUUAUUUCUGUUGGCUGUUAUUGGA